UUUUUUUUUUUUUUUUUUGCUUCAGAUUUAGUCCUUUGGGGUCGUAGACCCUAUGUUGGACAUUGUCUCGUCAUUAGCUAUCUUUCAUCUUUGGGGGGUUUGGAUGCUUUUCAUUUAUGGUGCAGACAUGUACUCUGUCACCGAGGUGAGCAGGCACGAAAGGAAAGCUGCGGGAGGAAGACGUGUUAGUAGGGGAGGUUGGUUAUAGGGUCGUAGCUUCGUUGUCUUGUCUGGUUCGUUCUUCGAUUUUGCUAUGUGGUUCCUCUGUAAUCGUGUCUUCUGUGGUUCCCGUCAGUGACAGCUUUGUUGGAGUGUCGAUCCUUUCAUGGGAGAGUGUAUGGUUCGGGUUGGUAUGUGCGGUUUGGGUAUGUUUCCCUGUGACAUUUUUACUGUGUGCUAUUGAUGUAUCGGAUGAGAUAUGGCGUUCCUUUCGGUAUUGGGGGCAUACCAAUCAAGAUUACUGUCUCUAAUCCUAUUUCGUUACUCGCAUUGGCUGCUGCUGGCGUGAAAAUCCCUCCGCUGCCUUCCAACUGCAACCCUACUGUGUCACCAAACGAAGGAUCUGUCCUGUCCGACAAAGCCGCGGCCAAUUCCAACGUCCCGAAAGUCAAAGUUGUCAAGGCAGGAACUUGCAAGAUCGUGAAAAUGCGCCCAAGCCCAACUAAGAACGGACGGAAUUUAUGUGCUCUUCGGUGGCUCAAGCAACUCAAAGUCGUUGGGACGACGGAGGAAUUUUGUGCUUAUUACGGGAAUCUGACACCAGAGCAACGAAAGGGAUAUGAUGAGGAAGCAGCUGCACUCGUCGCUACCGAUACAUGGACCAAAACUGUCUCCGAAGGACGACUUUAUUAGAUUUUGCACCAUCCGA